UACAGCAGCAGCAGCGUGCCGCACUGUCUGCAAAACCUGACACCCAAAAAGACAACAACCUUUUACAACGCUUUCUCUGUCAUCGCAUCCACAAUUACCAUAUUAUAGUCAAACGCCUUCAACUUCUAAGUCAAGACACACAAGAGUAACCUCCACGCCAACAAACCCAACCAUUUUGUUUUUUUUUUUUUUAAUUUUCGUUCCUAAGAAUAAGAUGCUUGAGACGGUUAAAUACCUCAUCGGGUCAACGGGUCCGAGCGGGUUCGGGUCAAAAUCCACCGCCGAACAAGUCACUGAAACCUUCGCCGAUCUCCGCUCCAUCACCGCCAUCAUUACCGGCGCUACGUCUGGAAUCGGAGCUGAAACGGCGCGUGUGUUGGCGAAGCGUGGGGCUCGGCUGGUGUUGCCGGCGCGUAGCAUGAAAGCUGCGGAAGAUGCAAAAGCUCGCAUAGUGUCGGAGUGUCCUGCUUCGGAGAUUAUUGUGAUGGCGCUUGAUCUUAGUUCUCUCAAUUCGGUUAGAAACUUCGUUGCUCGCUUCCACUCUCUCCGUUUGCCUCUCCACCUCCUCAUAAACAAUGCCGGAAAGUUUGCACAUGAGCACGCUAUAUCCGAGGAUGGAGUUGAAAUGACAUUCGCCACUAAUUAUUUGGGUCAUUUUUUGUUAACAAAAUUGUUACUGAACACGAUGGUCGAAACGGCAAGGAAUAGUCGGGUGCAGGGUCGGAUUGUGAACGUGUCGUCUAGCAUACACGGUUGGUUUUCCGGUGAUGUGGUUCCAUAUCUGGCUCUUAUAAGCAGCAAUAAAAGCCAUUACGACGCCACACGUGCUUAUGCUCUUUCGAAGCUCGCCAACGUUUUCCACACUAAGGAACUUGCUCGUAGACUCCAGCUAAUGGGGGCCAACGUGACUGUGAACUGUGUUCAUCCCGGGAUCGUCAGAACCAGACUCACCCGAGAGCGUGAGGGCUUGCUUACAGAUUUAGUAUUCUUCUUGGCUUCCAAGCUCUUAAAGACGAUUCCUCAGGCAGCUGCAACAACAUGUUAUGUGGCAACCCAUCCUAGGCUCUUCAAUGUGUCCGGCAAGUACUUAGCUGACUGUAACGAAACUUGCACCUCAAAAUUGGGAUCCAACUCAACCGAAGCAGCAAGGUUAUGGGCUGCUUCCGAAUUCAUGAUUUCUAGGGGUCCAAAAGCAGCCUUUGACUUACUCAACCACCUUGAAUUUUGAAGUUUCUUGGGACAGUGCAACAAUUAUAUACAGAGAGAAUUUUAUUGGAAAAAGAUACAUAGGUCUGGAGAGAGCAGCUCGCAUAGAUGUUAAUAGGAAGGGUUAGCUUUGAUCUUAUCUAGGGUAUAAUCAUAUCAAUGUAUAAUUGUUCUGAUAAUUACUUAGGGUAAGUAAACUAUAGGAAUCUUGUUAGCUUUAUUUUAUUAAUCGUUCAAGGUCUAAGAUAUGAUUGCUUUAGAUGCUCCUUAGAUUGGAUUGCUAUGAUGAUACAAUGAUUAUAGAGCUUGGGGUUAUGUUACAUGGAAUAUGGAUCUUAGAUUAGAAGUGAAAGUGCUUGGAAAACUCCAAAUGUU